CGCAGCUGUGUGCAGUGUUGUUUUCGUCUCCUCGAACAACCAGGUAGCCGUCAUUAACCUCCACUGGUCAGAAUCUAAAGACAAGAAUCAUGGUGGUGACGAUAAAAGUCGAAUACUGCGGUGGAUGAGGCUACGCGCCUCGCUUCCUGCAGUUGAAGCGAGACAUCAACGCCAAGUUUCCUGAUGCUGAUGUGGCUGGCUUCGUGGGCAGGAGAGGAAGUUUUGAGAUCGAGAUCAAUGAACAUCUGGUCUUCUCAAAGUUAGAAACGGGUGGUUUCCCUUAUGACGAGGAUAUUAUGGAGGCCAUUGUUAAGGCUGAGGAUGGCAAGCCCGAGAAGAUCUCCAGAAACCGUAAAGAGUGCAUCAUCCUCUAAUGCUCAUUGCCGUCUCAGCAGAGAUGAGCUCCCAUCCUCUGUCCGGUCCACAUGAGCAUCUUAUUGGUCCAUUGCGGAAAAUGGUUUAAUUGUUUUGAAAAUCUUCACCUCACUGUCUACUUUAUGGCUCUCGUUUUUUGGACGUAAAUGAUUGCUGUAGCUUAAAGUUCAAAAGUUAUGGUAUGAGGCUUCAGUCCAAAAAAUGAUAAACCGAAGUUGAGUAAUAAAGAGGAUAGUGAAGAGAAGUUACCCAACUUUUUUUUAUUUUUUUAUUUGACAGCCAGAAUAAUGUUGUAGGUAUAAGAAUAAGACUAGACAUGCAUGAUAUCUCAUGAAUAAAAAGAUUACUUACAUUAGAGUGGAAUAUCAAAGAUAAUGUUAUUAGAAUGAACUAUAGUGAAAUAGACAAAAAAUGGGGUAGAGGGCUGUUAGUAAGAUUGCUUGAUUAUUUGGGGGGGAAAUGCCCUACUGAAACUGAUGAAUGAACACUGUAAAACUCAUAUUUUGUUUAUUUUAUUGCAUAGGCUUUUUCGCUUUACUUAUUUAAAAAACGCAAGAACUUUUUUUUAAUCAUUGGAUGAACAGUAAAUUAAGUUUAGUUUAUUAG